AUGCAAGUCCCUUCUUCGAACUCUUGUUCACCACGAGAAACCACUGCGACCAACUUCGCAUCUGAAGCAACGCAAGUUUCAGGAGAACUCAUCAAUACUACUAACUACAUGGGGCCAAAUAUGGAUCAAUACCAUCAGGAGAAGCUACAACAAAGAAGAUCACCUGUGUCCAGCGGUAGCAACACCACAAUGAUAAGUAAAGGACACCAAGGUGGACAAGAUGAUGGACAUUGCAGCUCAAUCCAGUUCAAAUCAGGCAAGCCAAGUGCGCACUCAAAUUUGUUGAAAAAUACAUUGGCGAGCAAUACAAUGAUGACCACCACUACACCUGAAGUAUUAUGCCCUUCUUCCCAUCUGAUAUCAUCGUCAUCCUUAUCCAGACCGUUACCACAAGAAGAACCACGAGAAGAACGACACGAACCACAUCAAUCAUCCAAUCAUCACCUCCUCCACGACUCCGUCCUUGGUGCUACUACCAAUCCUGUUCACUCCUCCUUGUCGGGGAAACACGAAGAAAAGACCACCGCCAUAGUCAUUACUCCCACGAACCACCAUCACGACCUUCUCCUCGUUCUAAAUCAAGCCAAGAACAAAAUGAAUGUAGCGGCCAUGAGCGAUGAGGAGAAUCAUCCACCCACGAAUAGUAGCAGUAGCAGUAGCAGCACCACGGAAAGGAGGAUCAUGGCAUCAACAACGACAGACAUGGCCACGUCGAAUGGCUCUCCUCCAAUAAGUUCUUCAUUAUUGACUCCUAAUCAGAUUGCAAACACAAACACAACAGCAACGGGAACGGGAACCAGGCUUCCUUCUCUUCUCUCACCACCACCACCACUAUCCUCUUUCCAACCACCACCACACAACCAGCCUCAAUACUCUUCCGGAAGUUCUGUGUUGUUAUCGGCCACUUCCAUGAGUCCCCUUCCUCCUCCUUCCAUGCUUUUAUUACAAGAGCAUGAACAACAACAUUACCAAUCCUCCCUUUUAUUGAUGCAUCAUAGUAACAAUAACCAGCAGAGCAGUCAGAACAGCCACAUGACCACCACCAACACCUCCACGAAGACGGAAUCCAAAGCCGAAAGUACCACCACCACUACAAGUGAAUCUGGUGUCGCAAAUGGCGCUGACUCCUCUGUCCAUCAUGCUCCAUGGCGGAUGCAUGCAUCUAGUACAACCACCUCUUCGGCUGCAAUGGGUCAUAGCGUGGCAACCACCACUUUGCCCAUUCCUGUCCAUCACCUGAGUCAUCCACCUAGUUUGCAUCCCAAUAACCCACAACCACAAAACAACAACAGCAGUAUCACGGAUGGAUCUUCUCAUCUCACAACAAGCAUGAACAUCCAACAAAACAACAUGCCGAUGCAACACCGAGAAGGAAGUGUCAACAAUCCAACCAUUAGUACCAGCAAUAAUAGUACAACACCAUCAUCAACACCAUCAUCAACACCAACAACAACAACACGAACGAAUCAUUUGGUGCAACCUCCAUCCAGCAAGCAAAAAUUAGGAGGCCAACCAUCGAUCAAACAAGAUGGAAAGAAGGCAAGCGGUGGUGGUAGUGGUGGAGAAGGAACGACCUCUGGUGGUGGUAGUGAGAAUUCGAACAAAACAUGUGUUAUUUGUGGAAAAGCAGAUACAGGCAACAAGUAUAUUAGUUAUACUAUUAACGAAUCGAAUAUUGCGCAAUACAGAGGAUGUUUUGCACAUGUGCCCAAUAUUAAUAUUGGAGAUGGAGUUUGCAAGAACUGUUACGCAAAGAAAUACAAAUUCGUGACGGGUCUUUCGAUCAAUAAGGUGAAACGAAAACCUGGAUCCACACCUCAAACAUCCUCUCAACAACAACAACAUUCUCACACUCCCACUUCAAACACUUCAAAACCUUCUUCUUCUGCUCAACAACGUGUCACUACUACUUCAUUGAACAAAACAUCAUCGAGAGGAAAUGCACAUGCAUCGUCCUUGUCAUCAUCAUUCUAUUCACAACCAACAACACUGUCAUCAUCUUCUCAUCAUCAUGCUACAAGUGGUGGUGGUGCUGCUGGAUACAUUUCCCCAUCGAUCAGUGAAAAUCAGAGAGUAAUAUCUGCUGCAUAUCCGUAUUGUUCGACUACUGGGGAAUCAUUUGCUAAUAGUGGAAAUCACGAAUAUCAUCAUCUUUCAAAUGAACAGCAACAGCAACAGUUUUAUCAAACAUCACCUGACGAACGACACUCUUAUCAUGAUCAAUAUUAUCGUGGACGAACUAUUUCUUCGGAAAUGCAUGAAGUGUCUCAUUCCAACAGUUCAUUGUCGAGAACAACUUCUAAAAGUUCAAUUCCUUCUUCUUCGUAUUCUCAACAACAACAACACUAUUCACAAAGAUUAUCUUCUUCUUCUUCGUAUGAGACUCCUAGGACUUCUCCUAUGAGUAGAGAUUAUUUGUAUCAUCCUUAUGCUGCUCGAUCCACAUCGUCGACGACGCAUCAUCAUCACUCUACUAAUUACCAUUCAGAAGCUGCACAUCAUCAACCAUCCACCACCUACACAUCUUCUCCUCCUUCCUAUCAUUCAGAUUAUUAUGCAAAUUCCAUCGUGGAGAGAGGAAGUGGUGGUGGAGGAGGAGCAGUGUCACCCAUGUCACGAUCGUACUAUCCACCAGAAAAUGCACAUCCACCUUCAUCCAUGGGAAGAAUGCCACCUUAUGUAAAGUCAACAUCUCCUCCCUACCACACCUCUCCCUCUAAUGAGCUUUAUCCAGAUGCUUUAAUGCCAGCAUCACAUUCUUCUCAUCGAAGAGAAAGUAAACAUUCAUUACCUUCUCAUCGAUAUCAUCCCUAUGUAUCUUCCACAUAUACUGAUUCCUCACAAAAAGAAGGUUUAAAACAUGUCGUCAACUCUUCCUUGCCAUCAUCAGAGGUUGCUACAUCAAGAAAUCUUCCUUAUGGAGUGGUUUCUACAGGAGUGGCCGUACCAUCUCAAGAAACAGGCAAGAGAGAAGCGAGAGCCUCUCACUACGAUCCUCUUCGAGACAAUUCUUCGAACCAUUUACAUUUUACUGCCAUGUCAGGAGUUUCUCAAAAUAAGCAAGAACAUCGAAACACAGAAAAUGAUCCAAUGAAAGACUCUAAAAGUAAAUUACCUAGCGUGAAGGAUUUGUUAAAUUUUCCCAGUGAAUCAAACACGAACACUGAUGACCCGAGUGGGUUCAAGAAAGCAAACAAUCCACAAAAUGAAAUCAAUCGGCAGUCAUCUUUUUUUUCCAAGUUCAUAGAUGACACGGCUUAUAAGAAACUACCGAAAGAAUCAUACAUGAGCAUGACGGAUGGAAUGAGUCAAAUGGAAAAGUUUAAUUUAAUGGAUAUUUCUCAACAACGCAUGGUAGAUAUUAUUCUUUCAUUUGUCACAGAGAAGGUGCCAUCAGAAUCUUUUUCUACGAGAAUGUCCAUUCCAAGACAUGUUACACUCUCUGAUUUAAGAGAAAACAUUAAUGAACGAGCAAGAAAAUGCUACUUGUUGGAAGGAUGCAACGCUCACAUUCCAAACGUUGGAAAUAUUUUGUUAACAAGGGAUGAACGUAACUUUAUCGAAAUCGAUGACAAUUUUUGUUUGAGCAACAGAUUUGAAAAUAAUGACAUGCUGAAAGUUGUUAUGCAAUCAACAGAAUGA